AUGCCCCCCAGCAGUUCGUCAUUCACGGCGCUGAAUCUGCCCUCGACAUUCUCGCUACCGCCAUGCAUGGAAUACUUCACCCUCACCGCCGGCCCUAAUACGGACCUUUGGCGUAAGCCGCCGAACCGGGAUACUGCAACGGCUCCUAUCGUGUUUACUUCCUUGCGGAGCCCAUUUGUAGUUGCCGAGGUUACUGUCACGGCGGACUGGGAAAUGGAAUGGGACCAGGGUGGUUUGGUGAUCUUUGCUGGAGCUGCGCCUCAAUCAUUUUCGCCUGACAGUGCUCCACGACCGGGCCGCCCCGGAUAUCCUCAACCGUUACGACCCUGUAAAUGGGUCAAGGCCGGGAUGGAGUUUUGUUCGGGCACGAUGAACGCAUCGUCGGUAAGCGCAACCUCCGACGGCGCAGACUGGUGUCUCUCACCACUCUCGGUUCCCGAUCGCGGUCCAUCAGCUAUGCAUUCAUUGCGAAUCAAAUUAGAGCGAGUCGGACAUUCGCUCUGGAUCUGGUACCAGGAUCCAUCCGCAGUGCCGUAUGCAAUGACCCCGGCGGCCUUGAGCAGCACGUGGAAGAAGCUGCGGGAAGUAACAUGGUUCUUCUACGGGGUAGAAGACAAAUUCGUCCACGUGGGCGUCUAUGCUAGUCGGCCGCAUAGUCUGCCUCGCACCGGAACGAUGUGGGCGAUGGCCAACGGCCCGGGGGCGGCCGGGUCGGCGGUAGCAUUAGCGAACGAGGGGUUGGUGGUUGAAUUCGAAGAUUUAGAGAUAUUGUAA